UGAAGGAAGAAAAGCUUCAGUUCAUAGAUAAUAUGAGUUAUGAUACAAAGUACAUGAGUGAGGUUGAGAAGUUCUCUGAUGUUCUGAGUGAUAUGCUGAGUACUUUUCUUGAUCAACGCCUUCCUCAAAGUAAUGACUCAGUGAAGAACAUGAUUGAGUAUACUUUGGAGUCACCUUCUGUAAAUUGGAAGUCUGGAAAACAGAAGAAUAAUGAUAGUGGCAUUUAUACUAUGGUCAGCAUGCUUUACUUUGAUGGAGCUGAUGUGUUCGACUGCAAUGUUUUGAAAACGGUUUCAACUAGACGGACAUUGAGAGCUCAGAUUGCUGCUACUCUGGUAUUAUCUGAUAUGAACAUUGUCAGAGAUGAAGUUCUUGAAAAGCUAUCUGAAUUCAGAUUAAUAAGGAGUCAAGUUGCAAAAGAUGUUUUUGAUGGGAUUAAGAAGAAAACAAAGCAAGGUAAAAAGGAAAAGAAAGUAUAGGCAGACUAACGAAUA